CUUUAUUCGUGACAACAGGUAUAUAUACCCAAAUCAUCAUUAUUUUCUCUCUCUCUCUCUCUCUCUCUCUGUCUCUCUCGCACUCGUCUUCCUCUCUCUUCCCUUGCUUCCCGAAGAAGACAGAGACGCUGAGUGAGUGUAGGAGGCGAGGAGAGGGCUUUCUUAAUUGCUUGCCUCACUCGUGAAUCUGCAAAAUAUACAAAAAUGGCAACAAUGGCUUCCUGCAGUUCAUAUUUUGAUGAUGAAACAAGGGAUUUGGAGGGUUUGCUUGAAGCAUUUGGUUCUGUGCUUUCUCUUGAGGCUAUAGCCACUGUUUAUUGUGAGGCCAAGCGUAAUGUCCAGAAGGCUGGUGAAAUUCUUUUUGAAAUGCAAAGAAGUACCUCUAGUGAUGCUACUUAUGCACUGAAGGAUGAAUUUGAGGAGGGUGCAAGUGCAACAUGCUCAGUAACAUCAUCUGACACUGUUGUUCAGAAGUCGAAUCAUUUGGAAAGAAAUUCCAAAUCAUUGAGGCCAAAAAAAUGUUCUGUAUCAUUGGGUACUGUUUCAGGUGUGAUUGGAAGAGAUUAUGUCAGGUCCAGGCCAUCAAUGAAUGGAUCUUGUGUAGCAAAAAAGCCCCUGAAAUUAAAUUCAAAUGAGCUGCCAAUGUCUGAGAUUUGGAAUGCAGAAGAUCCACUCAGUAUCAAGACAGGGAAAGGCAGCAUGCGUGAGGAUAUUGAGGAAUUUAUGUUUAACAUGCUUGGCCUUGGCUUUCGGCUUGACAUGAAAGUCAUCCAAGAAGUUCUUGGCCUUUGUGGUUAUGAUGUGAAAAAGACGAUGGAGAAACUUCUUGAUAUAUCAGCUUCAACUUUGGAGAAGAGUGAUGAUAUUGUUGGCAAAGAUGCUGCAAAAUCUAUAAAGAAGUAUCCAUGCUUAGAGUCUCAUUUCAGUCGAGCAAAAUUGCAACACCUGGAUUCUGCCAAGGGUGUUAAGGUUACUGAAACAGAAUCAUCUAAAAGAGACAAAGACAGAUAUAAUCUCCAAAGAGAAGUUCUUGAAGCAUUGUUUAUCAUUCCUGAGAGGUCUGAGGAGGUACCAAAAAGUCGUCCUGUGAGGCCAGUGAGAUCUGGCGCACUUGGUAAAUUGGUAGAUGAACCUCUACAAGAUACUACUGCACCAUGUGUUCCCAUCACUUUAGAACCAGAACAAGUCACUGAAAGUGACAGUGAAGAUGAUGAGGAUAGCUACAAGGUCCAACGUAAAGCAGUGAAGGAGUAUUGGACUAUAAUGAAAGAGUAUUAUAAAGCCGCUGUUGAUGCAUUCGCUAAUGGGGAACAUACACGGGCAUAUAAACUUCUAGAAGAGGGUCAUUUUUACAGCAAGAAGGCUCGAGAAGCAGAUGAAAAAUCUGCUCAAAAGCUUAUUGAAACUAAUCAAUGCAAAAAAAAUGAAGAAGUGUCUCUAUACUUGGAUGAACAGGAGCCAAAGGAAGCAAUAAGUCUUCUGAGGUUUCAUUUAAAGUCUCUUUCUGGAAUUCCAUCUAUUCAGUGUCUGAAGGUCAUCUUGGGCUCGAAUGAUGACGUCAAGAAAGGGGCUCGGAAACGAAUGAUCAUUAUGAAGCUACUCGAGAAGGAAUCAAUUAAAUGGACCGAGGAACAGAAUGGUCAGGCACUGCUGAUAAGAGUGGACGAGAUCAACCCCAAAAAAUUGAGUUUUGCUGGAAAACAAUGAGAGGAGCAGAAAAAAAGUCACCUUCAAAAAACAUGAGGAUUUGGGAAGUAAGGGGACUGAAAUUGUUAAUCUAGACUAAGGUGAUUAAAUGCAAUUUUUUUGUUCAUGUUCUUUGUUCUAUCACAAAAAUAUUUCUAAGGGAUUAACUUUGAGCUCUGUAAAAAAAUUAUGGAAUUAAAAUUUUGGUACUCUAUUAAUUAAAAUUUGCAUAGUUAAUUAUGUUAAUUUGAUGACUUUAAUGUUUAUUAAAAUUACAUGCAUCAAAUAAAUUCCAAGAUUGAACA